AGAGGUAACAGCAGAUAAAGGAAACAUGGCCAAGCAUGUUUUUGUCCUAACUCCAGUCUCCACGUGCUAGUCAUUGUCUAGUGAGAAACGGAAACAUUCUUUUUCCAUUUUCUUUCGGAGCACGGAACCAUCUUUAUCCUUAUUAAUCUUUGGUUUAGUGUAUAGUGUACUCAGACACCUUUUUGAUUUCAUGGCACACCAGUUGUCGUCUUCUUUCCUUUUUUCUUUCUUGUAGAGAAAAAACCUGCAAGUUUACAACUUUAUGAUGCCUGGACUGGAAGGGUGGAACUCCUCAUUCUACAACAGUGAGGUUGUGGAUUUGUGGUGUGAGCCAUCGAAGCAUUGAUGCAGAAAGCAUAAAAGCUGAAGAAAGAUUGAAAAGCCAAGAUGAACUCGUUGUGGGCGUUUUUAGCUUCCCUUGCCCUGAUUCGCAGCAUUCUCUACAACUACCUGCCAGAAAAACUGCGCUUAUACAUCUCUUCACGCUUUGAGGAGUGGACUAGCCGUUUCACUACAGAUGUGACCAUGGUGUUCCGCGAUAAUCAAAGCUCAAACAUGAACCAACUUUUUCAGGCUGCAAAUCUUUACCUUGGAGAAAUACUUCCCACCAUUUCAAUCCCUCGGGUAAUGGUAGAAAAGACUGAGAACGUCAGGAAUCUUAGCUUUACCAUGGAGAAGAACUCUGAAAUGGUUGAUGUCUUUGAAAAUGUACCAAUGAAGUGGAAGUACUUCUCUGAAUAUAGCCAAGGAAUGUCCAAGCACGAGAUCAGAUGGUACGAGCUGUCAUUUCACAAAGAGCACAAGGAUAUGGUUACCAGGUCUUAUUUGCCACACAUCCUGGAAAGAGCCAACAAGAUCAAAGAGAGAAACCGGGUGGUGAAGCUCCACACGGCUGCUCAUGAUUUUUGGACUCCAAAACCUGUAAUAAUUCAGCAUCCCAUGACGUUUGAGACCUUAGCUAUGAAUGGUGAUCUCAAGAAGAUAAUUGUGGAGGAUCUUGACAGGUUCAUGGACAGUAAGGAAUACUACCAACAGAUUGGCAAAGUGUGGAAAAGAGGGUACUUGCUUCAUGGGCCUCCAGGCACUGGAAAGUCUAGCUUGAUUGCUGCUAUGGCUAAUCAUCUAAACUUUGAUAUCUAUAAUUUGAAUCUCUCAGCUGUAUCCUCAGACUUGGUUUUACAGAAUUUGUUGCUUAGCAUGGCCAAUCGUUCCCUCCUUGCGAUAGAAGAUAUAGACUGCUCCGUUAAGCUGCAGAAUCGAGAAUCCAAGAUAGAGCAACCUAUAAAAUAUCAGCAGCAUAACAAGGUGACACUUUCUGGACUCCUGAACUUCUUUGAUGGUAUUUUCUCCUGCUGUGGGGAGGGAAAGAUUUUGGUUGCUACUACAAAUUACAAGGAGCGGAUUGACCCUGCAUUACUUCGAGCUGGUCGCAUGGACAUGCACAUCUACCUGACCUACUGUACUUUCUCUGCCUUCAAGCAACUGGCUUUGAAGUACUUAAAGAUUUCUGAUCACAGUCUCUUUCAUCACAUUGAAAAGCUUCUACCAGAGGUUAAGGUUUCCCCUGCAGCGGUAGCUGGUGAACUGAUGAAAACUAGGGAUCCUAAGGCUUCUCUCGAGGGCCUGAUCAAGCAUCUUGAGAAUAAGUUGCUUGCAGAUGGCAAUUCUGAAGUUAGUCCUGGGCAUCCUUCAUCUCAUCCAUCAAAUUGCCUGGUCGAGGAAUCUUCAAUUUCACUUCCUUUGGCAUCCAAUGAAACUAAUAUGGACAAUGCAAAAUCUCCAGGUCCCAACCCAGAUGUUUCAGCCGAUGAACAGAAGGCCACAAAAGAGUCAAAUUUAACUGAGAAUGGACCUCCAGAAGAGGAUAGCAACAACUCUGACAAGAAGGAUUUGCUCCAGGGCCAAUCUUCCGGAAACAAUAUCCUAGAAAUCAUUGAAGACAUGGAGAAGGAGCUGUUGAGCAACAAAGAAGCAAUAAUAGCACUACUAAAUAAAUCCACUCUGACUCUGAAUAGACUGUCCAAGAUUAAGUCCAACAUAUAAGAAACUGACUAAAUCUCUCACAGAUGCUGAGGCCAACUUGGAGAUCUUUUUGCUCAAAAUAUUAAAUGGGUUGUGUUGACAAAAUUCUCGUAUUCACAUAUUGAAGAUGUUUAAUGGUAAUUAAAAUAUAAUAGUUGAAAAGGGAUCUUGUAAUGACACUUUGCUGAUUCACUAAUCCACUUCCUUGUUACAUGGAGCA